AUGGAGUUUGUCACGGCCCUUCGGGGCACCUUCGACGAACAGAAGCCGUCUCUAUUCGAAGUCCUUUCUGAGCAACAACUCAACGCCCUCCUCCCGCCGACCCUCCGCUACCUACUUACCAUUGCGACGCAUCGACACCCACGGUAUCUUCUAAGGAUACUAAACUCGUUCGAUGAGAUAUAUGCUGGUGUCAUGCUGCUCGUUGAGCGGCAUUACCUGCGCACCCGGGGCGGCUCCUUCACAGAGAACUUCUACGGCCUCAAGCGCGAAAAGGGCCUCCAUGCCGAAGUGCCACGCGCGAGCAUGUCAUCGCCCGACAUUGUGCGCGAGACAUUGAAACUCACGACCCGGGACGUCUGGAAGAAUCUUCUCGUCAUCGUUGGAAUCCCUUACCUGAAGCGGAAGCUUGACGAGAGCUACGAGGUGAAUGCGCCAAGAGCUCUUCUCGGUGCGGCAUACACGCGGAUGCCAGAUAACCCGACUCUUCGCGACCGAUUCCUAUACUAUUACCGAUGGUUCCUCAGGAACAUAUACCCGAGCGUCAAUGCCGGCUAUUACUUUGCCAUGCUUGCUUUCAAUCUGGCGUACCUCUUCGACGGGAGCAAGUACCACAGCCCUCUCUUGUGGCUGAUAGGAACACGUAUUCGAAGAAUGUCGGGUGCAGAUUAUAAGGCCAUUGAGGCUUUGACACAGACACCCGAGACAGGACACAGACCUGGGUGGCGGUCGUUGUUAAACCCCCGUGAGAUGGGCCCACGGGUGUUGUCAAGCUUGUCGAUUUUGCUACCGACAAGUAUCUUUGCCCUCAAGUUUUUGGAAUGGUGGUAUCAGUCGGAUUUUGCGAAGCAACUUUCACGAAAAGCGACUGAAAGUGUUGAUUUGCCCCCGCCUGUGAUUUCGGCAGAUGGCAAGGGAGGCUCCGGCAAGAAGAAGCCAGAAGUGAAGAAAGAGGAGUCCAACGAGGGAGAUUCAAUCCCUUCAGCAGAAGAUGCACCCAUCGCCACUCCCUCGUUGCUCCCUGUCUACACGAUUCCAUUUCCCAGCGAUUCGGCAUUGUGCCCUAUUUGCGUCGAUGAGAUCGUCACUCCAACAGCCUGUCAAACCGGCGUCGUCUAUUGCUAUACGUGUAUCCACAAAUGGAUCGAGGGCCAACAUCAGAAACAAGAGGAUUUUAUGGAGUCACGCGAGGGCAAGUGGGAGAGUGGUCAAGGGAGAUGCGCAGUGACAGGCAGAAGGGUUCUGGGUGGAACUGAAGGCUUAAGGCGGAUAAUGGUAUAG